AUGAGACGUCACCAGAAUGCCGAAAACGAGGAAAACGUCGACCUAGACGUCUUCCAUCGUCACUCUCCUCCUACCGACUUUCCGCAGCCACCACCGCCGCACCUGCAUCACUCCAACCACUCCAACUACUCCAACGUCUCGUCUUACGAUGAGUAUCGCGGCCGUCCCGUAGCUGACUUCUCCCGUCCCAUCCGCCCUCCUCAGCAGCCCUAUCUCGAGGAGUACGGCAACGCGCCUUCGCCAUCCUGGGGCCCGACGCACAUCUCCCGUUACAGCCAGCAGUCCUUCGAAACGCCGAUUCAAUCCCGCUCGGCCUCACCCACCCUGUACCAGAGCAAUGUCAGUCUCGCUGCUCUUCUACCUAAUGCGCCUCCGCCCAUUAUGGCCAAGGAUUGGGUCAAGGAAGGCUACAUUGCUCGCUUGCACGACCGCGACGAUGCCGAAAUCUGGAAUGGUUGGAAGCGUCUCCUCUUCCGUGCAGUGCCUCUCCUCACUCUUCUCAACACGGCCAUGUACCUCGCCUAUCUCGCCUACCGAAUCUACUGUGUCAUCUCUGCCCAGCAAGCCUACCACAGCACCUUUGUCUUGGCCUGGGUCUUCAUCGGUGUCGAAUUCGCCGUUGCUAUUCCCAGCAUCAUGCACAACCUCUGGACAAUGAUGGCGUUGAAGAAACGCCAGCGCCCUAAGCUGCGUCUUGUGGCUGAUGACGUCCCCACUGUCGACGUCUUCAUCACCUGUUGCGGCGAAGAGGAUGACGUUGUUCUAGACACUGUCCGUGGCGCCUGUGAUGUAGACUACCCUCGUGAUCGCUUCCGCGUCAUUGUUCUCGACGACGCCAAGUCAGCUACUCUCGAAGUUGCCGUCCAGGCUCUGGAUUCCGUCUACCACAACGUCUACUACAUGGCUCGUACCAAGACUCCUGGUGUGCCUCAUCACUUCAAGGCUGGUAACCUCAACUAUGGACUGGACAUGACCCACAACCUCCCCGGCGGCGCCGGCCAGUACAUGGCUGCUCUGGACGCUGAUAUGAUUCCCGAGCGAGACUGGCUCCGUGCCAUCCUGCCCCAUCUACUCAUCGACGACAAGAUGGCCCUUGCUUGUCCUCCUCAGCUCUUUUACAACACUCCCGCUUCCGACCCCCUCGCCCAAAGUCUGGACUUCUUCGUUCACGUUAUUGAGCCUAUCAAGGAUGCUCUUGGUGUUGCUUGGUGCACUGGUUCCGGUUAUAUUGUCCGUCGCGAAGCUCUCGAUCAGAUUGGCAACUUCCCUCUCGGCUCUCUUGCCGAGGAUGUUGCCACUUCCACUCUACUUCUUGGCAAGGGAUGGAAGACGGCAUUCAUCCACGAGCCUCUCCAGUUCGGCACUGUCCCUGAGGACUUUGGUGGUCAUCUGAAGCAGCGUACGCGUUGGGCUAUUGGCACCGUCGAUACUGCUUUCAAGCUCAAGUUUUGCCUGUACGGCGACAAGGUCAAGCAAAUGAGCUUUGCCCAGCGAUUCUCUGGUUUCCUCUAUGCCUCACUCAGUCUCUACACUGUGCUGCUCACUCUCUCCCUAUUUGCCAUUCCCGUCAUUCUUCUCAUGCGUCGCCCCCUUGUCGCAUACAAUGACCAAGAAGGAGAUACUCAGCUUGUUUGGCUAAUUCGCGCAUGCUUUGCCGCCACCAUCUCCAACCGUAUAUGCGAGUUUGCUCUGUUUUUGCCCGCCGGUUACCACACCGGCCAGCGCGGCUCCCGCUACCAGCUGUGGAUGUCGCCAUACAUUGCUAUCUGCAUCGUUCGCUCCUUCAUGCUCCCCAAAUGGCUUGGUGGUCAGACUCAGGCAUUCAAGCCCACUGGUUCCCUCGGCUCCGCUCUCAACGAACGUGAUGCUCGUCAUCGCAAGGGUAUGGCCCGUCGUCUAUUUGGCAUUUGCUUCAACUACAUGGCCAUUUUCCAUCUGGUCUUUGUUUACCUUACCCUCGUUGGAGCCACCAUGGUGACUUUCCUCUGCUUCACCGAGUACUCUGGCUUCAGGGAUGUUGCGCGAUGCCUGAUUACCCACGCCUUCUGGCCUCCCCUGACGUUUGUGUUUCUCUGCAGCUCCAUGUGGACUCCCAUUGGCUAUGCCAUUGACCCUCCCACCGUGCCUGAUCGCGAGGAUCUUCUUAUUCGCGACCCUAAGACGGAUGUCGCGCACCCGACGCGAAAGAGCAAGAAGAUUGCCUUCGGCCACCAGGCUGCCUUUUUCGAGCUCGAAUACACCGCCACAUCUCUGUACACUAUUGCUGUCUUUGUCGCCUCGUUUAUUCUUUUUUAA